GUCCUGCUGCGCGAGGAGGUGGCCCAGCUCCAGGAGGAGGUGCACCUGCUGCGGCAGAUGAAGGACAUGUUGAGUAAGGACCUGGAGGAGACCCAGGGGAGCUGCUCCGCCGACGUGCUCUCCGCCACCGAGCUCCGUGUGCAGCUGGCCCAGAAGGAGCAGGAGCUGGACCGGGCCAAGGAGGCUCUGCAAGCCAUGAAGUCGGACCGUAAGCGUCUGAAGGCGGAGAAAGCAGACCUGGUGAACCAGAUGCAGCAGCUUUACGCCACACUGGAAAGCCGGGAGGAGCAGCUCCGCGACUUCAUCCGCAACUAUGAGCAGCACAGAAAAGAGAGCGAGGAUGCGGUGAAAGCCCUGGCCAAAGAGAAGGACCUGCUGGAGAGAGAGAAGUGGGACCUGCGGCGGCAGACCAAGGAAGCCACGGAGCACACGGGGCUGCUGCGAUCCCAACUCGACCUCAAGGAGAACCGCAUCAAGGAGCUGGAGGCUGAGCUGGCCAUGAUGAGUAACUGUGUCAAUCAGAGAACGGAGUUCCGGGUGUUUGAGCGUGUGUCGGACAGGGACUACUCUCCUAGGGUCAACGCGGCCAAACAGUCUCUAGCCACUCUGACCAAGGACGUGCCAAAGCGUCACUCUCUGGCCAUGCCCACGGAAACGGUUGUCAACGGCAACAACCAGGAGUGGGUGAUGCACGCUGAUCUUCCCCUGACGGCUGCCAUCAGACAGAGUCAGCAGACCCUCUACGUCCACACGGGGCAUGCCACUGACAGACAAGUGGCGGCCGUGCGGGUCAGCCCGUGCCACUCGCGCCAUUCCUCCAUCAUCUCCGACGCCUCGGCGCUGGAGGGGGACCGGUCGUCCACGCCCAGCGACAUCAACUCCCCACGCCACCGGACUCACUCCCUCUGCAAUUCCCUAGAAGAUCUGGAGGAGGCGAAGCGAAAGAAGAAGAAAGAGAAGAUAGGCCUGGGCUCUCUCUCGCGUGUCUUCGCCCGGGGGAAGCAGCGCAAGUCCCUCGACCCUGGUUUGUUUGAUGGUACUUCCACGCCUGAUUAUUACAUAGAGGAAGAUGCAGACUGGUAAAGCACACAUGUCCGAGCGAGGCACCUGGAGAGCCUUUGUGGCCAUUAUCAGAGGACUGCAUUGUGUUGUGUGAGAGAGGAUGGGUGUGUGUUUGAUGUCAGUGUGUACAGACAUGAUAAUGUGUGCACUUUCACACGCAUGCAUACAUACUGUAUGUGUGUGCAUGCGUGUGGUGUCCAUGGUCAGAGGACAUGUCAGAAGCUGGAGGCAGGUCUUGCUUCGCUGAAGUGUAAACCUUUACGAGCAAAUUGCACCUGUAUGUAUGUCCAGUCCUGUAAAUAGUGUGACACAGCGACCAUGUGGAUAUGUUCUAUUGUAUCUGCCCUCCAAAAAACAGCUGUGUUAUUGGAUCUUUUAAUUGUUCUCUACAUUUUGACUUUUUGUUUUCACUCAACUGGAAACUUGAAGGACUGCUGUACUUGUAAAUAACAACAAUUGACGUGCGUGUAAAUGUCUCCUUGUCCUGAAUGCCUUUUUUGUUAUUUUUUUUACAUGUACCCCCCCUCUCACUACAUUCUAACUUGAACUCCUCCCUGUUUAUUGUCCUGCCUGGUCCAUCCCCCUUCCUUCCACACUGCCAUGAUGAGAACAGUUUCCUGUCGGCAACAUGCAGACUCCUCAAAUCGGCCUCUAAUUCGGUUGUACAACACAUCCCUUUACCGCCAUGAAAAGUGUGCAAUCCUUGAUGUUCGCUCAAAUUAAACUUCAAAGGCGCUGCUAAGCAAGGAAUAAGCAAGGAAUAAACGUUCUAUGCAGAACAGUUUGUUCCGUGGCAACAUGAAGCCAAACAGGAAAUAGAAAUGUGUUUUCUGCCUGCUGAGAUAGAAAGUACAUGUGUGACAUGCAUGCACAUAGUCCCAGUCCCCGAAUGCAUGUUGAGCAAACCCUACUAAACAGACAUGUCUUUCUUGAGUAUGUUGUGGAGGAGUAAAAAAGAAAAAAGAGACAGGUCAGUUACUGAUUUAGUCAUGUUUUUUUCAUCAUUUUCUCUCAAAUUAGAUACGGGGAAACAUUCUGAUUAAUGUUCAAGAGCUAAACAUAGGAUAUUUCUUUCCGCACCACAAGGCUGCUUAUGCUAAAAUGUAUUUGAAAUAUUAAAGGUCAGCAAAGUCAACAGUCACAAAGAAAACACAGUGCUAAACUUUAAAAGAUUAAAUAAUUAUGUCACUUAUUCAUGAGAUGUUGUGCCAUUGCUUUCUACAGUAACUUGUAGCUAUGGUUUUAUUAAUAUAAGAAUGAAAUGCUUUUGGGAGUAGAGUUUAAAAAAAAGAACCCAUAGUAUAAGUAAGCAUUAACAUCACUUAUUCUAUCACAGCAGAUAAUAAAAGGAUGGUCAAGGCUUUUCAAACCUCAGGAAUUAGCUAUUUCCACCAGAAAAUCUGAAUUUCAAUUGAGUGGCGUGAGCAGACAUUAAAUGAACUGUUAUAACAAUAACAAGUGCCGACCCAGGAGGUUAAAAAUCAGAUUUAAGCGGGCUAAUCAAACUGAAGCAAAUGCAUACAUGACCCCCUAAAUUCUGAUUCCGAGUUCAGGCCGUUGCUGCAAAAAGCAAUUAACUCUGUGCCAAAGGUUAAUAGUGUUUCUUCAGGCAAAAGAAUGACUACAGACGCUGGAUUAUUUUCCAUCCUUUCAUUGGAUUGAGCCGGAGUCUGCACUGCCACCCCCAGGAAAUCAUUUCUCUCCCUGAUAUUAAACUAACACUGGGUAUUUGUCAGUCUCAUCUGAAACACUAGAGAGUCACAGAUUACAUCGGGGCUGUAUUUAAACACAGUGCUUGUCAAAAAAGCGCCUAUGUAAGCAGUGAGGAGAUUAUCAUUUAACUCUUAGCUCAACCCACAUUUGACCCGGCAGAUAUUGGAUUUAGACGUAAAUCACUAAGGUAAUUUAUAGAUUAAUUAAUCAUGUAUUAAAUGUAUGUAUAGGAAUAACAGCUUUCAGACAUUAAGCAUUGAAUGAAAUGUAUGAAAAUCUAGGCUAUUUUUAUUUUUUCAUUUAACUGACCCCUGCUGACGGGGGAAAAACAUAUCAAAUGAAAACAUUGUAUUAUUUUUAUGUUAUGAGCCACGGUAUCUGUUUAUUUUUAUUUUACAGAAAUAUUUUACUUUUUGUAAAUGAGAUAACAUUACAGAAAUAAAAUUAAUAUUAUUAUUAAAGAGUUUUUAUUUAAAGUCAAAGAUGUAGGCCUCGGUGGAGGACUUCUAUUGUGAGGUCCUGAGAUGUUUAGAAGUGGAUAGUAGCAAACUUUUAAGGCAUGGCAACAAAAUUACCCUCUAAAGAACUAAAUGAGAAAAUAAGAUUAUUUUAAAAUAAAAGAAGUAACGUUGAACUUU